CUGCUUAAGACCGCUUCCCCAACCCAGCCAAGCGCGUCUCCGCUGCAAAACUCCACCUAACAACACCGCAAUGCAAUCUCCUCCUCCAGGCGAGAAAGCGAGCCAGCGCCGUCUUCCCUCUGACCCGAAAUUAAUUUGUUUGUUGGCUGCAGCUCUGAGGGCAGGAAAAAAAAUUUUUUGGGAAUUUAUUUAAUCCUUCCCUUCUCCUUGUGCAAAGGAAGCAAUGAAAUUUCCAAUCGAGACUCCAAGAAAACAGGUGAACUGGGAUCCUCAAGUGAUUGUGCCGGCAACUGUUCCCUCAGGUUGUGUGCCUGUGACCAAUAAGACUAAUAUACCCAAGCCAGCACCACGACUCUCUAUUUCAUCUCCUCGGGCAACUGUGAUUGCCACUAUGGAAACCCCCUCACAGGGUUUGCAGACAGUCAUGAAGUGGAAAACAGUGGUAGCCAUUUUCUUUGUGGUAGUGGCCUAUCUGGUCACAGGAGGUCUUGUGUUUCGUGCUUUGGAACAGCCAGAAGAAAGCAGUCAGAAAACCAGAAUUGCCAAUGAUAAAGCAGAAUUCCUCCAAGAGAACAACUGUGUAUCCCAGCAGGAGUUGGAGGCAUUGAUUAAGCGGGUUAUGAAUGCUACCAGUGCAGGAGUCAACCCCGUUGGAGAUUCUUCUAAUAGCAGCAGCCACUGGGACCUUGGAAGUGCCUUUUUCUUUGCAGGAACUGUCAUUACUACUAUAGGUUAUGGAAAUAUUGCCCCAAGCACAGAAGGCGGAAAAAUUUUCUGUAUUUUGUAUGCCAUCUUUGGGAUCCCACUUUUUGGCUUUCUGCUAGCUGGCAUAGGUGACCAGCUUGGAACCAUCUUUGGGAAGGGCAUUGCACGAGUUGAAAAGGUCUUUCGAAAGAAACAAGUGAGUCAGACAAAGAUUCGUGUGAUCUCUACCAUUCUUUUCAUCCUGGCCGGAUGUGUUGUUUUUGUCACCAUUCCAGCUGUCAGUUUCAAAUAUAUUGAAGAAUGGUCAGCCCUGGACUCUUUUUAUUUUGUCGUCGUCACUCUGACCACAGUUGGUUUUGGGGAUUUUGUGGCAGGAGGAAAUGCAGAAAUCCCUUACCGGGAGUGGUACAAACCCUUGGUAUGGUUCUGGAUCCUUGUGGGCCUUGCAUAUUUUGCUGCUGUCCUCAGCAUGAUUGGAGACUGGCUGCGGGUUAUUUCAAAGAAGACUAAAGAGGAGGUUGGUGAAAUAAAAGCCCAUGCGGCAGAAUGGAAAGCCAACGUGACAGCAGAGUUCAGGGAAACACGGCGGCGGCUCAGUGUGGAGAUCCAUGACAAACUUCAGAGGGCAGCCACCAUUCGGAGUAUGGAACGCAGGCGUUUAGGUCUGGACCAGAGAGCCCACUCCCUGGAUAUGCUGUCUCCAGAGAAACGUUGUGUCUUUGCUGCCUUGGGCAACAGCCAUUUCAAGGCUUCAUCUCAGGAAAGCAUCAACAACAAGCCUAACAAUCUGCGCCUUAAAGGAUCAGAGCAAUUGAGCAAACAUGGGCAGGGGGCAUCUGAGGACAACAUCAUCAACAAGUUUGGUUCUUCAUCCAAGCUGACCAAAAGGAAAAACAAAGACCUGAAAAAAAGUAUCCCGGAAGACGUGCGGAAAAUCUAUGAGUCCUUACGGCACUACUCCUUGGAUGAGGAGGUGAAGAAAGAGGAGGAGGAUGACGACUUGGAGAAGGUGUGUCACUCGGCACACUCCAGUACUGCCAUUCUUACCAAUUGUAUUGAACAACACAUGGACCUGGAGAAUGGCAUGCUCCCCACUGAAACCAAAGAAAGGGAACACGAAAAUAAAUCAUUACUUGAAGACAGGAAUUAAAUGUAGAUCAUUCUUUGACUCUAAUGAGCCAGUGUUAGUCUUUUAUAUAUGUACAUGAUCUAUAAAUGUAUGUAUCAAGACACGUGCCUUAUACAGACCUAGUUCAGUCUGAAUUGCAUAGCAUCCUAGAAUAUUUCACUGUGCCAUAAUGACCGAAGCUUGCUCUGCCAAAAGAAAUCAGAGAUAAUACACUGGAGAAUGGCAUCUGAAGGUGGAGUAUUGACAGUGUCAGCCUACACUGUAUGCGUACAAGGGGGGGAAAUUCCAAAGGAAGAUGGUAAUGCAACUGGAAAGGUGAACAGCAUGGUAGGAAUGUGUGAGAGCAAAGACAGACACAUUAGAAGAUCAUUUGGGAAAGGAGGCAAUGGAGCCGGCAUGAGUCUUUCCAGUGGAUUGCAAGUUCUUUCUCUCACUGUUGAAUACUUUUGAUUGAAAAGUAAAAUAAGAGGCUGAACUGUCAACUUUUAAGGCAGUGUUUCUGUUUUGGCAUAAGAUCCAAGUAUGAGGGUUCCCUCAUUUUAUGUUUUGAAAAAUCAAUGAGCCUUCAGAGAUCCCUGCUUCCCAAAUUAAAAUGUUUUUAUGCACAAGAAAAGUAUCUGGAUGCUGGGAUGUUAUCAGUAAAGACAACAGUAUGUCUUUUUCAGAAACAAGAAAAGAAAACGUAAAAACAGCUCAUUGUGAAUAUUUGUCAUGCAAAAUGAAAAAAGGGAAAGAUGAUGAAAAACUUCUGCCUUUGGAAGAAAUUCAUCUUAUACAGUAAACUAAUACUAUGCUGGGGGGGGGGACUUCAAAAUUUAAGCAACUGCAGAGUGUUAGGAAGGAAAAUAUAAACUUGUGCUUGGGUCAAUAAUCAGUGAAGUUCUUUUUUUAAAAAAAUUACGAUCAUACUUUCUAUUCCUGAAGGAGCUUCAGUUUUAACACUGUAAUACACUAAAAAUAGAAAGUUAAACCUUGCAUGAUGUCAACAGUUUGCUAUUCUCUGUAGCAGAAAUUCAUUAAAAAAGACAUGUCAUAUACGAUGUAUAGUAAAGGGUGGGGCAACUUACAAACCUCAGGGCUUUGUGUCCCUAUUGGUGGUUAAGCUUAAUGUAAGAGAAAGAUGUCCAAAAUUCCAGGAUAGUAAAAAGGAAACUGGUGGUAAUGUUUGAGUAACUAUUUUAAGUGCUUAGAGCUUUAAGUGCGAUUAAUAACUUCAUAUUGUGAAGUCUUUAAUCACCUAUUUUUUAAAUAACUUUCUUUAAAGUUUAAAGUUUUUUUUCUUAUUUGAUCCUUCUCUCCACAGCAACUGAGCAAAUUCACUUUUAGUGUUAUACCAAAUAAGAAAACACUAUCACUUAUGCAUUUGUUGUUCUUUCCAUGUGGAAAGCACAAAUCGUUUCAGAUUUCAAAACAGAUGUUAAAUGAAAAUGUAGGAGAGAGUUGAUUAAUUAGAAUUAUAAUGCUUGGAUCUCUCCCUCCCCCCCACUCUCUCCCCCUCUCCCUCUCUCCCUCUCUUUGUGUGUCUGUGAGAUGAGGAAAGAGAAAAAGAAAUUAGUUCUUGGUGAAUGUUUGAAUGGAAAUUUGCUUGGAAUACACAUGCAGAUUGACAUACAUUAGCAUCCUUCAGCUACCAUUCAGAGAACAUCUGUAAAUACUAUAGAGUUCCCCAAAUACUAUUUGUAAUGUUUUUAAAGGAUGCCAAAGCCAUUGCUGCACUUUUUAAUUUUCCUGCUUUCAUAUGAUCAGCCCAACAUAAUUUAUGGAGAGUGUAUUUGUAAUGCUGUCAUUUCAAGCAUCUCAGUUAUUUGCACCAGUCUAUAGUUAAAGAAAUCUUUAACUCCUUCUUUCUUUGCUAUUCCUGUCUAAUCCAUAAAACAGUGAAGAUGUAGACCCAGAAUCAAAUCCUUCUUCAACUAUGGAGUUUACCAAUUGCCUUGGGAAUUUCCAAGUUUGCACAAUGAUUAUCAGAAAAAUAAAAGAUGAACUGAGAGAGACACAUAUGUACCAUCCUCAUCAUCUUGGGGGAAAAGACGUAACAGAAGACACUUUUUAAAAUGUAUCAUCCACUUGACUGUUUAAAAUAAAAGUCCCAUUCUCUGAAGCUAAAAUGAACUUUCAGUAUGUGGGUAUUGGACAGUAUGUUCCAUGAUAUCAAAGGUUGCAGGUUAAGGAAAGCUGCAGCUAAUAAAUAAUGGAAGAGAGUUUCCACCGUCAAUUCCCCCAAAGAAGGCUCAUGCUGUUCUGCAUCUUAGCUCACACCGAGAAAGAACAUUUGGAGCAAAGAAGAAAAUUGUAUGAAAACCACAAUGCUGCUAACGGGAGAAGAAAUACUUUUAAAUGACCCUACAGCUACACACUACACAUAAUUUAAAUUGCAUUUUGUGUAAAUCUUAAUCUGAUAAUCAUAGGUGUCAAUUCUAUGCAGGAGAGUGUGCAGAAAAAGGGAGAAGAGAUGGAAUAUAAUGUCCUCUGUUCCAGGUAUAGAAAAUAAUGAAUUUAGCAUGCAGCUGAAGACUAGGAGAAAUGGCCGCCUAUUCCCAGCAGCUACUAACAUUUGGCAGUUUAUUAUAUUCUCUGUAUGAAUCCAGAAGCCCAGUUAGUCCAAAAUACAGUUUCUGCCUUUACAAACCAGAUGCUUAAUAGGCACCCCAAAAGUAGGACAUGAGAACCAUCACAUUCUAUAGCUUGUGUUUGCCAUGGAAGGUUUUUUUUUUAAAAAAAAUUACUGUCAUAAUUUGAAUUAUGAUGAAAAUCUUUCCCACACACAUAGACAUGCACACAAGCUAUAUUUGCCUUAGGUGAGGAUUUAGUCCUGGUGCCAUUGUAUAUGAAAAUGGAUUGACCUACUUGUGUUCACCACAGUGCAUGGCUUUCAGUUUAAAGGAAACAUGAAACAGAUUCAUAUUUCUGUUGAGUGAAGACAUUGUGAUGUACCACAUAGGAGGCCAGAUACAGAAACCUUUGUGGCCAAAAUGGGAUGAUUGGCUGUUAGAUUGACAUUUUUGGGCAAGCAACCUGAAGCCAUGUGGUUCAGAAUGUGUCAGAUAAAAGAGUGAUGCUGUAUAAAUUCAUAUAUUAAAAAUGCAGAGUGAUGUCAUUUCCAAUGCACACUUUAAAAAAAGGCAACCCUUCUUUACAAUACUUGAAAUCUGUGGAUUUAGAGAACUAAGAUAGCUGCUAAUGCUGCCCAGUUGGCCUGCAUAAGCAGAGACUGGGAAUCAGUUUAACAUGCAAUUUUGUAUGGUACAGAGAGUACAGACUAAUCUAAUUUGCUCAUAUGAAACUGAUAUUUUAAUUUUAAAUGCCUGAUCUUUCAAACUUGGAACAUUGUGUAACAUUUUAGGAAAAUAAAGGUAAAAACUUGGUUAAAUUAAA